CGGCCGAGUGCUGUCCGAGCGUGUUUGUUUACAGAGUUUAAGGUUAUUUACACCUUACUUACUAGAACUUCAUGAUUAAAUAUCUAUUCGAAAUAUUCAAAGAGUCUUUAAUUUAAAUUUGUUUUUCCGUACAGUGCAAUUAAAUAUUACAUUUUAAAUUCAUGUUACGGCGAUUUAAAGGUUGUGAGUGAUUGAAUAGAACUGCAAUUUCGAAAAAUGCCGGGACCCGAUUUAUUAUCAAGCCAAGGGCUUCGGCUGGAUGGUAGAAGACCUAACGAGCUUCGUCGGAUCAGGUGUAAAUUGGGAGUAUUCACUCAACCAGACGGAAGCGCUUAUUUAGAACAAGGAAAUACGAAAGUUUUAGCGGCUGUAUAUGGCCCGCAUCAGGCGUCCAAGUCGAAGAGCUCAGCGGAAGGUGUAGUUGUGAAUUGUCAGUAUAGUAUGGCUACAUUUUCGACUGGUGAGAGGAAAAAUCGCCCGCGGGGUGAUCGUAAAUCUCAAGAGAUGUCAAUGCAUCUUAGACAGGCCCUCACGGCUGCUAUUAAGACGGAAAUGUACCCACGCUCACAGAUUGACAUCUAUGUUGAAGUGUUACAGGCAGAUGGUGGGGCGUAUUGCGCGAGUGUGAACGCCUCGACGCUGGCGUUGAUAGACGCGGGUAUACCUCUGAAGGCCUAUGUGUGUUCGUGCUCGGCGUCUAUGGCGUGGUUGGACGGGGUGCCGGAGCCCCUACUCGACGUGGGCCACGUUGAGGAGGCGGCCGGCGGCGUGACCUUGACAGUCGCGAGUCUACCUAGUACUGGUAGUAUAGCACUAUUGGAGCUCUCUCAUAGGUUGCACAGUGAUUACUUCGACACUGUUCUCAGUAGAGCCAUGCAGGGAUGCAGAGAUAUUGAAGUUAUAUUAGACAAGGCUGUGAGAGAUCACCUCGCUGAAGGAUGGACCAAACAAGAUGUUAUCACUAUAUGAAAUAAAAUUACUCUAUAUGGCAA